AUGGCAGCAUCAUUUCAAAUGCAGCGGCUAGCACAGCGAUCGCUGCUCUCCACAGUUCCCCUGGCACGGACGGAGGCCACACACUCGCUAUUCCUAACAGGCGCCUGUAUUUUCUGCCAGCUAAGACCAAGAGCUUGGGCUGCUCAGCCUGCGCGGCGCCCCUGUCUGACUUUGCCUACCCGUCGACUUGCCUCGACCUCAUCUACAACAGCCCCCGAGACGAGCAAUCAGGAUAGCAACCUCCCAGACCUUACCAACCACUAUACCAUCUUCCGCGAGACCUUACCGGCAGGGCCACCCCCGGCUUCGGCAUUCGAUAUCCCUCUGAGCGAUCUGAGACGCGAGUUCCUCCGACUACAGAAUGUGAUACAUCCGGACAAGUUCCCGCCGGGACCUGAGAAGCAACGAGCGGAGGCGCUGUCCGCGCGGAUCAACGAAGCGUACCGGACGCUAUCGGACCCUCUGCAGCGGGCGCAGUAUCUCCUGCGCGAGAUACAUGGCAUCGAUGUGACAGCGGAGGACGGAUCGACUCAACAUGCGCUCGACCCGGAGACCCUGAUGGAGGUUAUGGAGGUUCAGGAGAGGAUUGAGGAGGUCGGUGCAGGGCCGGAGGCUGAGGGAACCAUUGCUGCGCUGAAAAAGGAGAAUGAUGCGCGGGUGGCGGCGUGUGUGAAGAGCUUGGCGCAAGCCUUUGAACGGGGGGAUAUCGAGGCUGCGCGUCAGGAGUGUGUGCGGUUGCGAUUCUGGUACAGUGUGGGUGAAGGCUUGCGAGAGUGGGAACCAGGCAGGACGGAGAUCCGCCUGAUCCAUUGA